CGGAGAAGCAACAAGCGCUACCGAACCAGCAGCAACAAGCUAGCCGCCAGCAGCUAACUCGGUCGGUCGGAGGGGGGUGGACGAGGCGUGUUAAACAUGCAAAAGUUUAGAAACUUCGAUCUUCGCCUCGACUAGACGCGCUACCGACGUUGAGCGAGACGCCAGACGGCCCCGGAAAACAUGGACCACGGCUCGUCGUCGUGAACGCUGUUGUUUUCGCGUAUUUAGGAGCUUCAAAUGUGCGAAAAGUCGCUCGGUGUGUCCUCGUCGUUGAACAAGAUGGCAGCAGCAGCAGCAGCAACAGUAGCGCCGUUGCAGAGUUUGACUGUCGUGCGGCUGUUCGUCGCUAGCCUGCUCUUUGACACUUUGAGGGAUGCGGAUUACUGGUCUUACUGAAGGUAUGGCCUCACAAGUCUUGGUCUACCCAUCACACCUGCACUCAGCUCAAAAAAGUGCCUUAGGAAGGAGCAGCAGUGGUACCAGCAGACAAACGGGUGAGGUCCACCGCGGUAGUAACACCAGCAGACCCCCGCCCAAGACAUAUGUGAUUGGAAUCAACUACGGUAUCGCGUUUCCCAACAACGUUAUCCCGUCCUCAGCUGGCGUUGACUUGGGAAGGCCGAACAGGGGACGGCCGGUCGGGGAAACGGAGCAGUGGACUUUGCAGACUGCGGGGAUACAGCAAGUAGACGGCUGGGAGAGAGCAGGAGCGGAGUCCCAGGAUCAGCAGCCUGUUGACCAAAGUUUAGAGAGAGGAGGAGGCGGCGGCGUGGACUGCGAGCUACUGACUAAAGCCUGUUUAGGAACGGAGGGGGAGGAGGCCAAAAACAGAAGAGCACAAGCAAGAGGGGGUCACACCAGCCUUCCUGAUCCAGGGGCCUUCCAGAUAUGUGAAGAGAAGACAGGAGAAGGCGGGGGACAACGGCAGGAGAGUAACCGCAUCAGAACCAUGCAGAUAUUGGAGGACGUGCCUGCGCUGCCUUCGCUUCCGCUACCUGUGGCCAUGUUGCAGACCAGCACCGGGAACAACGCGGACGCCGUCCGAGUCGGGGGCGGAGGGACCCUCGCCGCUCAGCACAGGAGGGCCGACGGAGUGACGGGCCUCGCUGUCGACGGGCUCGAAAUCAGCACCAACAGUAACGAGGUUGUGGCGGGCGCCACCGUGAACAGAAACGGGUCGGGGGACGGCGACUAUCAGCUGGUUCAGCAUGAAGUUCUGUACUCGAUGAAGAACAGUUACGAGGUUUUAGAGUUUCUAGGUCGGGGAACCUUUGGUCAGGUGGUGAAGUGCUGGAAGAGGGGGACAAAUGAAGUGGUGGCCAUCAAAAUACUGAAGAACCACCCAUCCUAUGCACGGCAAGGGCAGAUUGAGGUGGAGAUCUUGGCUCGGUUGAGCAGUGAAAAUGCAGAGGAGCACAAUGUGGUGCGCGCUCUGGAGUGUUUUCAGCACCGCAGCCACACCUGCUUGGUGUUUGAAAUGUUGGAGCAAAACCUCUACGACUUCCUGAAGCAGAACAAGUUCAGCCCACUGCCACUUAAAAUCAUCAGGCCUAUUCUGCAGCAGGUGGCAACGGCGCUAAAGAAGUUGAAGGAUCUGGGUUUGAUCCAUGCUGACCUGAAACCAGAGAACAUCAUGCUGGUGGAUCCGUCCAGACAGCCCUACAGAGUCAAAGUCAUUGACUUUGGUUCAGCCAGCCACGUCUCCAAAGCGGUGUGCUCCACCUAUCUUCAGUCUAGAUACUACAGGGCUCCAGAGAUUAUUUUGGGCCUGCCAUUUUGCGAGGCCAUCGACAUGUGGUCGCUUGGAUGCGUGAUCGCUGAGCUCUUCUUGGGGUGGCCCCUUUACCCCGGAGCCCUGGAAUACGACCAGAUCCGGUACAUCUCUCAGACGCAGGGACUGCCUGCAGAGCAGCUGCUCAACAAGGGGACAAAGACCACACGUUUCUUCACCAAAGAGCCGGACUCCCCCUACGCCUCCUGGAGACUAAAGACGACAGAGGAGCAUGAGAAGGAGACGGGACUUAAAUCCAAAGAGGCCAGGAAGUACAUCUUCAGCUGUCUGGAUGACAUAGCACACGUGAACCUGGUGUUGAGUCCUGAUACCAGCGACAUGCAGGCAGAGAAGGCGGACCGGCGGGAGUUUGUGUCUCUCCUUAAGACCAUGCUACUGAUCGACGCCGAGGACAGGACCGUUCCCUCCAGCGUCCUGAAUCACCCGUUCCUCACCAUGACUCAUCUACUGGACUACCCCCACAGCAACCACGUUCAGUCAUCUUUCCGCAUCAUGGACGUUUGCCACAGCUGGCCCAGCAGCGCCGUUUUUGAUGCUUUGAACCAGAACACGAUCCACCUGUCAAGGCCGCCUCUAGCUCCCACCGGGUCUUCCGGACUUCCAAUGAGCUACAGCAACAUCCAGGUCCACACCCAGUCUAUAACCCAGUCCGCCCCGUCCAUGUUGCAUCCUGGGAUAGCGCUAACAGGAAAUGGGCAGUUUGGGUGCAGUGACUCCUUCCCGCCUGCCCUCCUCCUCUGUCCUCCCACAAUGCAAGGUAACCUUAAUCAGCCGGCAACCUAUUCUGUCCCCAUGGUGACUCAAGCCCCUCCCAUUCAGCCUCUCCCAGUGAGACCUGGCGUGAUAGCUCAGCAGGCCUGGUCCAGCCGAGGCCAGCAGCUUCUGGUCCCAGCAGCGUGGCAGCAGAUGACUCCUGUGGGUCCUCCACCCUCUCACCCGCCUCCACCACCUCCUCCCUCCCUUACCAGUGACACCACGGCUGGACCACAGAGGAUUAGCGACUGGGGGAAAGCGCGCCCACACAGCAGCCACUACAACGCAGUGAUGCAGCAGCCUCUCCUCACCAAUCAGAUGCCAGCCCUCUCUGCACAUCAGCCAAUCAACAUUGGCAUAGCUCACGUUGUGUGGCCCCAACCGGCCAGUAAACGGAACAGACAAGGGCACAACAGGAACCUGUCCCACCCCAGCAACAUCCAGAUAUCAGCGUGUCGGUCUCCCAAAAUGGCCGAUGUUGUAGGACAGGCAGUGGCGGGGAGAGGGCAGCCACACAGGGAGGUGCCCCUGGUGGAAUCCCGACGGCCGGAGAUUCAAAAAACGACUGCGGGAAAAGAUGUCAGCGAGCUCAAGGAAAGCUGCUUUAAAGAGCCAACGACAAGUGGAAACAGGCGGGUCGACGUUCCGAGACAACCACAGCGGGACGUGGCCGUUCUGAUGGCCGACACGCCGAGCCCAGCUCCCAGCGUGAUCAGCAUCCACAGCGAUCUGAGCGACGAAGAGGACCCGGUGGGAAGCGAAGGUCGUCAGGGGUGCCGCCUGAACCGAUGUAAAGGAGAAUGUGGAUGUGAAGCUUGCAGAAACACCAGCGUGUCUAUGGAGAGAGUGUGUUCCCUCAGCAGCCCCGACAGCAGCCUCAGCACCAGUUCGUUCGCAUCCAACUCGCUGCAGUCCAGCCCUUCAGCGUCUCCAUGCAAGAGACCGAACAGCAUGUCUGAAGACGACGGCCAUGAAAGCGGUUGCGACACGGUGGAAGGCUCACCCUCGUCGGACACGUCGGCAUCCCAGCGUGGCAACAGCGCCUACCGCUACCUUAACAACAACAACCGUUCUCCCUUAGCCGCCGUGUUGGAGCCCCUGACCCCGCCCUCCGAGCAGGGCCGGACCCCCCGGGGCAUCAGAACCAUGAUAGUUCCACCGAUGAGGGUGCAGAGCAACAACAAAACUCACAACAUGCAGGAGCGUGUCCAGAGAACAGAAUCCUGGUCCCGGUCCAAAGGGCGCUGCAGUCUCGGUGGACAACAGAGCGCUGCCUCCUCCGUCCCCCUCCUACCAUCCGCCCCCAUCCUGUCCCGGCAGCAGAAGCUGACAGGGCAGCAGCAGCAGCACCAUCUGUGCUUUGGUCAGGUUCAGCCGUACGGUUCAAACCACAGCAACAAAGAGUGGAACGGCAACUAUGGGCCUCUGCGACCGCACGCCUACAUCCCUCCUACUGUUCACACGCACACCUUCACACACCUGCACCACAACAGCCCCACGCACAGCACCGCCGGCCCUCACACCCUGCUCUCCUACUCCUCCAGCGGGCCUCUCACCGCCGCCCACCACCCCAUCCUCCCCUCUCGCCCUCCCCCUCCCCCUCUCCUCCAGCACGGCUUCGGCCUCUCCCAUCCCCAAGGCGGAGCGUUGCUCCACCAGGUCACCCUGGGCAUCAGCGCGCACCCCCACCACCCGGGACACCCCGCCGCCUCGCACCGCCUCCUUCCCUCCCCGACCGUCAACCCUCACCUUCAGCCCGGCUACAGCCACCACCCGCACCAGUUCAAGCCGCCCUUCCCUCCCCCGGCCCCCCCUCACCCGUACAUGGCCUCCCCAGCCAGCUUCGCAGGCUUCCACCUGAGCCCCACCAAGCUCAGCCACCACCCCCAGUUCUCUUACAUCUGAGGAGCAGGACGGAGGAGCCGCGCCUCCCUCUGAACAGGAGGCUCAAGAAGAAAUGGACUGGGGCUGCCACCUGGGCAGGGAGACCCCCCAUCAGAGCACAACAUGAACACUUUUGUUGAGUUAAGAGCAGAGCGGAGUUAAUUUUUGUGAUUUUUCUGUAAUCUGACGGGUCUCCACAGGUUGUCGAUCAUGUCUGACUGUAGCAGCAGAGACUGUCUGCCUGUGGGGGAAACUUCAAAUCGUAACAGUGAAUGAGUUUCUACGGCAAUUAGGAGAGCGUGUUUGUGCAUUACCUCCUGUCAUCGAUCUGAUCUGAAUCAAGGCUGGAAAAUCGAGUUGUUGUUUUUUUUUUUUUGGGUUUUUUUUUUUUUUUUGGAUUACGCUGUCGGGGUCGCUCAGCCUCCCGCUCCCUUUAUCUGUGUUGCCUUGCAACUCGUGCGCCGCUCGGCUCGAUAAGCCGACCUGGCCGCGCGAACCCCGAAUCGAAGGCUCCCGUCUGCUUCCUUCUUAGUGCCUUAAAAACCCUUCGAGUCUUUGACGUUACUUCAGGAGCAUUUAGAUUGUACGUUUGAAUUUAAAAUGGGGUUGCAGCACUUAACCUCCAGACUCUGAACGAGAAUGGGCUUUUAAAACCAGACGAGGAUCAUGUGCAUGGGCUUGUUUUACUUUACGCUUUCUAACUCAGUGUGGGUUUAAUCUAACUAGAGGCUGCACAUAUAGGGCUCUGACUGAAUUAGCUUUUAAUGUACAUAAAGAGUGAUUUGAUAUUUUGAUAAUCGAUUUCUAUUCACUAUAGUACUUAAUUCAUAACAGUAUUGUCACUGUUUACUGUAACUGCAAUACAAUCUAGAUCCUCUGGGUUGCUGUGUUUUUAUUAUCUCGCAUUUAGGCUAGAUUUGCGUUUUAGAUUUUUUUGGGAGUGGCAUAGACUUGUUUAAUGUUUUAAGCUUUUAAGAUAUUUCUCAGUGUUUGAAGUAACCUAUCAACUUAACAGUAUCACUGCUGGGCUUUUGAGUAUUAGUCGUAUCAGUAAUUAUUGUCGACGAAGCUUUUGUCUCCCCCCUCCCCCACGUAUUGAAACCUGUUGUCAGUUUUCAUACAUUCCUUCAGGGUGGAAGCGAAGCCUUGAUUAUUAAUUAUUUUUUUUGUGUGUGUGUGUUUAUGUUUUCAUUUGAUUUCCAGCGUGCCGUUGUGCGAGUCGUGCUCUUUACCCACCGGCGUUUCACUCCAAUCAACACCAAAGACUUUAUUCGUUGAAUCAUUUCGGAAGCAUGGUCGAUCAUAUUUCUGUCACCUCCAGCAUAUACUGUUGCAGUCGCGGACUAAAUUUUUUGUUUUUGGAAUAUAUUGUUAAAUCUCUAUUUUAAAAAAAAAAAAAAACAAUAAGAGGUUGAGGUUUUAUUUUUUUUUUCUGAGCUGUUUGCUAAUUGUAUUUGGAAUGUAUAGAUAAUAAGCUGCUAUGUACUGAUUAUCCGCCACUUGGUAGCUGUGAAUUUAGAGGAUCAAUCUGUUUCUGGCCUGCAGUCUCUCCUUCGUAUCGUAGUUUGGGCGACUAGAUAAAAGCAUACGUGGGUUUUCCUCUAAUCAGAGUGUAUUGAAUGCUACUCCUUUAUGCUAGUGCCUCUGUAUAUUGGCUUUGUUGUUUUGAAGUGUUUGUAAACUGCUGUAUCGGAAGUUAAGUUUUCCUUUUUGAUUUAUUUUUUAUUCUGUUGCUCUUUGGUGUGUGCGUGCGUGUGUGUGUGUAUUUUUUGUGUGUAUUUAGCAUCAGUAUUUGAAAUGUAGGCUGGGUUCGCUCUUUGAUUCUGUAACCAGUGUGAUGUAUUAUCGUCUUUCCUUUCAACAACACGGCUUUUAUCUCCGUUAUAGGACUGUAUUUGCAACUCUUCGUACUGUAUAACUUAGUGCCUUUUCCUCACCCAGUGGCUGAUGGAUGACGUGUGCGAUAUCAAAGCAGUCGGGGAAUAUCGUAGGCUAGCUCCUUUCCGGGGUCGGAACCUGUUUUCACAUCACAAAACCCCCCAAAGUCUGUUCUGUAGAUGAAGAUGGAAAACAAAUAUUGCUUUUUUUUUUGUUUUGUUUUAAUUUUACAUUUUUACAGAAUCCUAAGAAAAUCCUAAUCAGGGAAUUUUUUUUUUUUUUAACUCACCAAGAACAACGUGCAGCACUAAAAGACAAGGGGCCUGAGUAAUGUUCACAAAUGCAAAGCUUUAUCUCACACCGUGAAUGUACUUGUGGAAAGGUUAGAAAUCAGUUUAUGGUUUGCAAGCAAAGCAUUUUGGUUUUCUGCGUUUUGGGUGUUGCUAGUACUUGUAUGCAGCUAUUACCAUUGGUAGAUAUUGUAUGUUUCGUAAUGGGUUUCUUUUUUUUCUUUUUUUUUUUUUAAACGCUUUAUCCAUCACUCGACUCAUAAUCAAAGUUUAGGUCCAAAGUUUCCCCACCCUGAUCUAAUCAUUACAUAACAGUAUAAUGGUUUUGCUCUGUUAUUUAGGUAUUGGGUGUAUUUUGUGUGCUUGUCUGCUAUGCUACGGUUUGGUUAUGUUAAGGUUUGUGUUGUGCACAACAAAUGUUGUUUUUUUUUCUAUAUUGUGGAGUGCAGCCUGUCUGUGCAACCCCCCCUCCCAGGUGUGUCGGCUCGUCAUAGGGUGACAUCCCACGCUGUAAUCCCACCCACCACCACUUUGGAUUGAUUACUUUGGGUGUAUAAAUCUCAUGUCCCUCCAGAUUGACGCCAACAGUUGCAUCAUCAAAGACACCAGGGGGGGGUGUCACACAGUCCCUGAUCCAAAGCUUAGCAAAGGACAUAGAGCCCAGCAGCCUUCUGCAACACAGCAGGCCUACAAACUACGGUAAUACUUGUAAAAGCUUGUGGGGAGGCUUUUGUUUUUUUUAAUCAUACAUUGUAAUCCACACUAUGUAGACAAUAAGUAGUAAUGCAGAUCUACUCGCCUCCAUGCCUGCUUUCACUGGGAACCAGCAUAUACAGAAAAAAAAAAACCACCAUAUCAAUCAAACGUGUACCCGAACGUCACAUUUGGCUUCUGAGUUUGAAUCCGUAUGAAAUUUAACGUGUAAAAUUAUUAAUUAUUGUGCUUAGGCACAAACAUGUAGACACGAUUGCAAAAUGUAAGCUGUUACUGUUCUAAAUGUGUGUAGAAUUUUGUGGCUUUAUGAUUUUUAUUCCUUGAUUUGUUUUUGUUAAUCUUAAAUGCUACUCUAGUGUGACUUGUAGCAACUGCACUGUGCAAUAUUCAACAAUAUAUGAGGACUGGGAAAAAUAAUUGUUUGGAUGUUUUGAUGUGUGUCUUACCAGUUUGCGUCAUCCCCCUCCUCCCUUCGCUAGUUCUCAGUGAGUUUCAAUGUGACCAAGCCUUAUGUACUUUGUCACAAAAAGCGGGUUCCUUCUUGGUGACUCUUAUUGGUGAGUGUCAAAUUCUGAAUUUAUUGUAUAAAAUGUUGAGAUUCACUUUGAAUAAAAAAAAAUCUUUUGCUUCA